GACGCGGGCGCACACGAUCAGUUGGUCGUCUGUGAAUUUGAGUUCAAGCAAUGAAGAAAGCAGCGUCUACGAAAAAGAAACACCUGAAAGUGGUGAAAGGAGGCGAAACAGAGCAAAAACUAAAACCAUCGCAAUACAUGUCUCAAAUGCGUCUAUCUACUGACGAGCUCUUGUCUAGCACGAAAGAGGCGACAGUGCCUAAAAUCAUCGAGUUUCUCGACCUUUCCGAGUGUUCGUAUUACAAAGAGUCUGCAGUUGAUGUUGAUCAACCACUCUUUCAGCCAUUUCCUAGUCAAGUGGUUUUCCAGAACUACAAACCGUACGAGGUGUACGAGGUGCCGUUGGUGUUGAGGAAUGACGACAAAGUGGCGAGAAACGUGCGAGUUGUUCAUGAAGAAUCCCCGUAUGUUGAAGUUGUGGCUCCGAAAGGAGCGGGAAGUAAGGUCGCUCCCGGAAUGGAGACGACGUUUAUGGUUCGGUUUAAACCCAAUCAGAGAACGGAUUACAUUCACGAAUUGACUUGCAUAACGGAAAGAGAGAAAUUUGUCAUUCCCGUCAAAGGCGUAGGCGCCAGAGCAAUACUUGAUUUCCCGGAUGAAGUUAAUUUUUCGACGUCAACAGUCAAGCACACAGCCAGCAAGACAUUGCUCAUUCGCAACAUUGGUAAUCGUGACGUGAACUUCGCUCUUACAACGAAUGACCCAUAUAGUGUGUCCCCACCAAGUGGUCGGCUGGAGGUGGGCGCGUGGCUACAAGUCACAGUUGACUUCACACCGUCAAUACUGGGAGAUCAUAAUGAUGAGCUGAUCAUUCAUUAUGACACUGGAGAGGACGUGUUUGUUAGAUUGUAUGGAGCUGCAGUGGAGGCUAAUGUGAGGCUUGACAAGAGUUCUCUCAUUCUUGAGAAGACGUUCAUUGGGAUGAUGACUGAACGGAGUAUUACUGUUACCAAUCGAAGUGAUGUAAUUGCUCGUUACAUGUGGAAAGCACUGGCAAGCGCAACAGAUGAUUAUAACCAAAAGCAAGAGUUGAGAGAAGAUCUUAAUGCAGAAGAGGAAGCAGAACGUGACGAGUUUCUUGACGAGUGUCAAGCAAAUCCAGUGUUGAGAGACCGUAUGUCUCUCUUAACGAGAACAUUUCAAAACAGACGAAAGGCUGUCGACACAGAUGCCUUGUUGUUUCAUGAUGACGACGUCAUCUCUAUUGAUCCUAUUGAUGGUGAAAUCUGGCCCAAUUCUCAGGCAGAAAUCACCGUCAAGUUCCAACCGAGAGAGGCAGUCACUUAUGUGCGGACUGUCUAUCUGGAUGUGACAGGAAGAGAGGAACGGCUGCCUUUGAAAAUUCGAGGCGAUGGAAUGGGACCAAUAACUCAACUUUCAUUUGACACUCUGGAUGUUGGCAACUUGUUUGUGAAUUCAACUCAUAGUUAUGAGGUGAUACUGCAGAACAAAGGAGACAUUGAUGCUGAGUAUAGCUUGUUGUCGAGUCAUAGCUUGUUUGGUCCGUAUUUUACGUUUACUCCCAAUGAAGGGAUCCUUCCUCCUGGAAGUCUUCAAAGUAUUGAGAUUUUAUUUCAGUCUCCAGUACUUGGAGUGUUCAGUGAAGACUUUUAUUGGUCUGUAAAAGGAGCAACAGAGUCACAACAUCUUAGCAUCACGGGACAAGUUAUUGGACCAACCUUCCACUUUGACGUGAAUCAGAUUGCAUUCGGCACUGUGUCAUACGGGUUUGUGAAUACACGUGAUGUGGUACUUUGCAACACAUCUGAAGUCUCUAUGGGUUUUCGCCUUCAUGUAGCGAGCACUCAGUCACAUAGGAACGAGUUUGACAUCAAUCCGUCUGAUGGCACAAUCGAACCGGGACACCAACAACGCAUACAGAUUGACUUUACGCCUGCGACUGUUGAUUGUUACGAUACUGCUCUUAGCAUUGACAUCGAAGGAGUCGGUGAGGAUGUGCUAUCACUCCCUCUCACAGCAGAGUCAAUUGUUCCUAAUGUGUUGGUUGCUACUCCUUUGCUUGACUUCAGAAGAUGCUUUCUGUACUAUCCGUAUACUCAGAUGCUCGAGCUAGUCAACGAGACUGACUUGCCGGCGAGAUAUGAACUGCUUGCCCAAGAUGAAGAUGAAAUAUUGUCAAUGAAAUAUAGCAGCACACAAUCCAAGGGUAUCAUUCAGGCUUGCUCUGUUUGCCAAGUUCCAUUGACCAUUGAGGCAUGUUCACUGGAUGAGAUCGCUGCCACUGCACAUUUCAACAUCAUUGGCAACAAACUCAAUCUACUCGACGUGAGUCUCAUCGCUAUUGGUGAGGGUCCAGUCGUUAACAUUCGGCCUACCAGUCUGGAUUGGGGGAAAUGCCCCGUUCUGACCAACCUGACGAAGACCGUUCAUCUCUACAACGAAGGACUGAUUCCGGCUAAGUUUGUAUGCCAGAUGACUCACCAGCGGACGGCAUUUCACGUUGCUCCCGACAGCGGCGAAAUUGCUCCACAAACGAGCAUGUCGUUGACUGUAAUGGCAUACAUUGACGACUGUGUCAGGUUUAAUGACAGGUUGACUGUCAGCUUUGUGUUUGGUGUAUCUCACACUAUUCAUUUGUCAGCUCACGGUGUAGGCACCACAAUCACGUGUUCACCUUCGAUGACUUCUGGAAUCAACUUUGGUCCUCACUUUAGUACUGGUCCAUGUGUGCAGCAAUUUACAUUUAAAAAUGAAGGUCGACGUAUGCAAUCAUUGUCUUGGACAACACAAGGCUACUCAACGAUUAAAACCAAGAAACUGCAGCAAAGAAAGGGUGCAUCAAAGUUAGACAUCAGCAAGCCUGUGUUUGAGAUAAUACCUAACAAGUUCAAUUUGGAUUCGAAACAAAAGAUUCGGGUUGAGAUACGAGGCUACUCUAGUGAGGCGAGUCAUGUCAGCGAGACUCUAGUGUGUCAUGCAAUCAUUGGAAAAAAUCCGUUGAAAGAGAAGAUCAUGGAUACAACAGUGUCGGCUCAAUUUAUCAGUCCAGUGUUGCAGUUUUCUCAAGAGAUGCUACACUUUGUGGUCGUGCAGUCCCCAGGAAGCCAGCUGAAGCCACAUCGUAGUAAGUUAGAAAUCACUAAUGUCUCAUCUUUGGCUGUGACAGCUCGGCUGCAUUGUCCGGAGCCGUUCAGUCUAAUUAUGAAGGAACAAGUUUGUAAUCAUGCUGAGUUGUUUCUGUCUUCAAGAGAUUUAAGUGUUAUUGAGGUUGAGUUUAAUCCUGCAUCUCAGCCAGGAAAACACAGCAGAGAGGAAAACAGUCAAUUAACUGUAUCGUACAAGGAGCAUCCUCACACUGACCAAGUUGGUUUGAAAGCAAGUGUUCACUUUCCUAAUCUUUUGUUUGAAACACAAGAGUUAGAUUUUGGAUGUAUCCUCAAUGACACAGAGAUUAUUCGCUCUGUCACUGCAACAAAUCCUGGUCCUCUUCCCAUCAAAUUUCGUUGGUCAUUUGUUGAGUUUGUGGAUGAAGAUGAAGAUGAGAGUAGUGAGAGAGAUGAAGGAAUUGAUUUGCGAUCUGGUGAUGAAGAAAGCCAACCUGAUAGUGACACAGAGUCACAAAUGGAGGAGAUUCAGACAAAGGAGACUGAAGUGGCUGACGAAACUGAAGCAGCAGAAGAGGAGGAAGCUAAUGCAGCAGCUUAUGAUACAGUAAACGAAACAUCACCUGACCAUUUCCAACCGUCUCCUGAUGGAUCUCAACAUGUAUCUGUAGGCUCGUUUUCUCAACAAGUUGAGGAGGAAAGGCCAGUCAUCAAGCGUGAUGAUCCUACAAUUGAGCAGAUUUUUGAUAUUCUUCCACUUCAUGGCAUCAUUGAGCCAGGUUUCACACACACAUUUGAAUUCACAUUUUUUGGUCAUCCCAACGUUGCAGAAGAAGUGAUUGCUCGGUGUAAUGUCGAGGAGGGUCCAUACUAUGAUAUUCGAUUGUGUGGUCAAGCAUCAGUAGUUCAGUAUGAAUUUGAUUCUACGACAGUCGAAUGUGGGAAACUCAUAUAUGAUGUACAAAAUGAACAAUUCAUUACACUGACCAACACGGGCAGCGUGCCAUUAGACUAUUUCACUCUUGAUGUGGCUUCAAACGAUGAGAUCAACAUAGACAAAGUUUUAGUUAGUCCUGCAAGUGGUCAUGUUAACCCGGGCACUUCGUGCCAGCUAGGAAUCCGUUUUAUUCCUGGCAUUCCCAAACUCUUUGCAAAGUCAUUUCAAGUCCAAGUGGCACAUUUUGAGCCACUUACCAUUACUGUUCGAGGUGAAGGCGUGUUUCCUCACAUUCGAAUGGAUCUACCUCGAACUGAUGAUGCUGACAGCAAAAGAGCCACCUUCAAGCAACAAGCAGAAGAGAUCGUGAAGAUGCGACACAAAAAUGCUUUUGCACGGGAGAGACUGGAAAGUGAAGACAGAGAGAUUCAAGCUGUUUUCGAGGCAUCAUCAGUGGAUGAAGACACUAGAAUAUCUCCUUUUGAAAUUAUGGAAAUUGAAAGUGAAAUUGAUCGUUUGAUUGUGAGAGAAUAUGCUGUAAGCCACCGUCGAGGUCGAAAGCUGCAUUGGUUUCAGCAAACAUCAACGCGUAAAGUGCGACCUCGUUUACCAGACUACAUUCUUGAUUUUGGCCAUAUUAUAGUGGGAGGCUCUGCUACCAAGGUAGUGCGCAUUACCAACAUUGGAAGCUUUCCUGUGUCGUUCACUCCAGACAAAACUGUUGAUUUAAGUCAUACUGGAUUUGAAAUCAGUUUGCGACCUGUCAAGCAGCUACCUGGGGCACCAACGUUUGAAUCAGAAGAAUUUUUUGUGAAGUUCAGCACAAAGACGACUGAUCCAUUAGGAUCUGUUGCAGCUUAUAUCCCAAUUAUGGUAUUUGGUGGUCCAUCGUUAGGACUUCAGUUGAAAGCCAACAGAACAAUGCCCGACAUGUGCCUCUCAGCUGAGACGAUUGAAUUUGGUGAAGUUGAUGUGGGUGAAUGCAUGAUUGUAACAAUGCAGCUGCACAACAACAAAGAUGUUGAUUGUGAGUGGAAUGCAGUCUUUCCUCAGUCAGCAAGCAAGAACAGAGUUGAUCGUUUCUUACCGUUACAUCUUAAACGCAAACUGAAGGAAAAACCUAAACCAAAGCAUUUUGAACUUAUUCCAAGCAAUGGCUGUCUUCAUCCUGGUGAAAGAGCAUAUAUACAAGCAAAGUUUACUCCAGUAGAAGAAGUGUUCUACUCUCAGAAGAUGAUAUUUAAGAUCAACCAGAGUUCAUGUCGUUACACAGUGUCACUGAGUGGUAGUGGUCGUGAACCGUACGUUAAAUUCAGCACAUCGCUGCUUGAGUUUGGCCCCAUAUUGCCACACUGUGUAGGGCAGGAGUUAGAGGUGACUGUCAGCAAUCCAACACAUGUACCUAUUGAAAUAUAUUCAGUUGAUUUUGACAAGCGCUACAGACACGAAGAAGAAGUUUUGCGUUUGAUGAAAGGUUACGACUCAUGCAAUACUCUUUUACUGCCCCCUCGAGCCGCUGGGGACAGGUUACCAGAAGAGUUGCUGCAAGACUAUGCGCAGCACAUGACAUCUCCAAGAGGAGAUCAUUCCGUUGUACUUGAACUAGAAGAAGAAACAAUGAAAUCUGACCAGAGAAGUAGUGCUGGCAGUGUUGGCUGGCGAGGUCCAACUGCAGGAGAAGCAAUCGAAUUGGCUCUUGGAGAGACCGCUGCAGGAGUUGGAGAACUAGAAUUAACACCCGUCACUCGUGCUAUUGCUCGGUAUCUAGGCAUUGACUUAUCUGUAUCUGGACAAGUAGCAAUGAGAAGAAGAGGAAUAUCAAUCAUCGUACAUGGUCCUCCGCUUUCGGGCAAGACUACACAGGCUGCAGCUUUGUCUAAAAAGUUUGGGGCAGCUUUGCUGACAGUUGAUUGCGUGUUGGCUGAAGCUGUAAGACUUGGAUCAACUACUGCAGCAAUUCAGGCACGUGAGAAAUGCCGUGAAUCUUCCAUGCAACUUCGUGGGGAAGCUGGCUCUUCUGUAACUGGAAAUGAAGCACUUUCUAGCAGCUUGACUGGUGACAAGCUUGAAGCUUUAAAAUCACGGAAAGGUUCUGUUGUGUCUACGAAAGCUCCAAGUCAGCUGCAAGGUGAGCAGUUGCCUAAGGAAGCUGCAGCUGUCAGCGGAAGCUCAACAGAAUCAAGAGCAAGUGGUCAUCCACCUGAUAAUACUACCUCAACUGAGAUGGAUCCUACUCUGACUGAUACCAGGCAGUAUGAGAAUGAGAUUGAUUUGCCUCCUACUCUACUUCCUGAGGAAUUAGUGGCAGACAUUUUGGAUUAUCGUUUGCAGCAGUCUGAUUGUUUUUAUGGUGUUGUAUUUGACGGGCUGGAUUCGAAAUACACAUCCAGUCCUGUUGCAACUGCCAGUACCAUCUUGCGUGCAUUUAACAAUCGCAAAUGGAUUUUCUUUGUCAAUGUGGGACUUGAACGUAUGCAAAUCAUGGAAAGAGAGGCAAGAAGAAAAGCUGCUGCAGAAAAGGAAAAGAGCAAUCAUAUCGAUGAAGGGGACGAAGAGGUGGCUGAGCUAUCUGAAGGAGAGUAUGAAUCCUUGCCACAGGAACAGCAAGAAGAGUACGAUAGGAAGAAACUGCUGAUAAGGAAGAAACGAAUGAAAGAAAAGGCUGAGAAGGCAGAGAGAGAAAGGAAGGAACAGGAACUACUCCAAGCUCUCUUAGAAGAGAAACGACUAGAAGAAGAACGUUUGACAAAAAGAGGACGUAAAGGAAAGAAAGAUAAAGACAAGGACAGAGAGACUAGGCUGACUGUCACCAGCAAAAUUUCGCCAUCAGUGAGCGCUGAGCGUAUUGCCGCAAGUAAAUUGUCUGAAGUAGUGGUGAAAUCAAGACCACCUUCUGGUAAACUGACAGCCACCAAUUUGAACGUCAUGUUGGAAAGAUCUGAAUCACAAGGCAGCAGCGGAGAUGAAACUCAACAAGGCCAGAAACGGGGAAAGAAAUCAAUGGCUCGAAAACUUCCUUCUGUUUCAUCACUUGUUGGAUUUGGAGACGGAAAGCCUGCAGAGGCGGACUCUUUUGCUGACCUCGCAAAAUGUUAUUCAGAGUAUGAAACAAAUUGGAAGCUAAUUUUUCCUUUGUUGGAGCAAUGGGAUAGAACAACUGGCACCGUUUACAAACUGGCGCCUCAAGCUCUCUCUAGUCUCUCAGAUAACGAAAAUCAAGAGUCUCAUAAACAGACUCAUCUGCCAGCUCAAAGUCAGUCAAAACGAAAGAGCCGCAAAGAAACCACACCGAAAGAUGUGCCUCCACCAGCUUCUGCUACUGAUUCUCUCUUUGUCGAUUCACCUCUCGCAAAAGGUUUGGAGAUUAAGAUUGAAGAGAACAAAGAAGGAAUCGGCGUUCCGUUGGUGCAAGUCAACGGAAAUCAAGAAGAGACGAUUGUUACAGAAGCGAUCAUUGCAGGAGGGUUGCCAUCACAGCCUGAAAUAUUAGAUGGUAUGGGCAUUGGCCCGAGUGGACCUCCUUUACCACCACCAACGAAAUUUACUGUUAUACAUUAUCCUGCUGACAGAAGUCCAGCAGUCGGAUCGACUCACUACACGUUUGUCAGCACUUCGGCAGAUGAUCCAAACAUUGCAGAAGAAGAAAAAUCAAAAUCGGAAUUAGAAUCUGAAUCACAGCAGUUUAACAGGGAGUUGACUAGUUUGAGAGAAUCCAAGAAGUCUGCAUCAACGCGCUCUAGUGCUGACGACGACCGUUCAACGCGCGCUUCUAAACGUCCAACGGCAUCUUCAAAGCAAAGUGCUUUAAAGAAGACGGCAAAAGUUGCAGCUGCAGCCGCAGUGGUAGCGACGCCUCCAUUGUCUGCUCUAUCAAAAGAUAUCAGCCAACCAUUAUCUCCUCAAGAAGCUCAUACUUCUCAAAGUUUUCUUCUCACCACAUUUCGUUGGGUCAUUCCCGCCAGCGGAUCUGUCAAUUUGCGACUUCGCUUUCAUUCGAACGAGCUAGGACAGUUCGAUCAAACUCUAAAUUUUGAGUUGCUGGGAACAAAACGAAAGUAUGAGCUCUAUUGUCGUGGUCUGUGUGCUUUCCCACAGAUCAGCAGAGAACCUAGAAUUGUCUUUCCGCACCGCAAAACAACAAAGAAGGAGGACGAGAUUGUUCACAAGAAAUACGUUAUGGAUACUGAAACGCUGGAGUUUGGUCCUCUUUUGCUGUGCACAAAACCUAAAGAUAAACUGAAAGCGGAAAAAGAUCCGCGACAUACAGAAAACUUGGAAGUAUUGACAAUCCACAACAAUUCUCCUCAAGAUUGUGAAGUGAAGUUCUGUUUGAAGAAUGAUGCAAGAGGAGAAGCCUUCAGUCUGCAUCCGUUAGAAGUGCAGUUAAAAUCAGGAGAGUCUCAAUUACUGCGCGUUUGGGCAGUUCCACGCUCUGAAACGCGGUUUGAAGAUACCAUUGUAUGCUGUAUAAAGGACAAUCCAGAACCGGUUCUGUUCAAGGUGGCUUGUACUGGCGUCAUACCUAGACUUGAGCCAGAUAGAAGAGAAUUAAAGUUUGAUAAGAUGGUUCUGCUCAGGAAAAACACUCAGAUGUUAUAUUUACGAAACCCAUGUUUGUUACCUGUAGCUUGGUCUCUCAAUGGGCUCGACCUUCUAGGUGAUGAUUUCUCGUUUUCUCAUGAAUACGGAGUCAUUGAGCCUUUGUCAGAAGUCGCCUUACAAGUGGAUUUCCGAGCUGCUAAACAGAUAAUCGUCAACAAGAAGUCUGUUCGCGUUGACGUGUCUGAUGUCGAUCACAAAUUGGGAACGAUUGAAACCUUCGUUAUUCAUGUCUAUGCCGAGGCGUACGAUGUGGCAGUCGAGCUGUGUUUUGCAAAAGGAACUGAAGGUGGAUUGGACUUUGGUUGCGUACGAGUGUUUGAUGAUCAAAAGCAUCAGCAGGUUGUACUGAGAACAAGGACCCGUUAUGAUAUCGCAUACAGUUUUGAAUAUGACACAGCAAAUACGUCACUGUCUCUGUCCGAGUUGUCAUCUAUGUUUCCUGUCAAGCCUAUCAGCGGUAAACUGAUGGUUGCAGACAAGAAUCAGACCGUGCAGGUUGACUUCAAGCCGCUGACGCACAAGGAAGUCUCUCUCAAAGACGCCAGUGUUCUCAAGUGCAACAUCAUUGCUGUAACGAGAAUCAGAGAGAAAGAACACGUUAACCAAAAGAGUGGCGUUCCCUUUGAACCAAAAGUAGAUUUAGACAAAGGAGGCGAGGUGAUCGCCAUCAUUCCCGUCAAAGUGACGGCAAAGUCUGUAUUCAGCAAAUAUUUAAUCCAUCCUUUGCACGACAUCAACUUUGGCGCUUUGGUGAUAGGAGCUCGAAAACAGAGGCAAUUGACUAUUGAAAACAAGGGAGAGUUUGAGUUCCGCUAUACAAUAUUGAGAAUGUCUGUGGUGCAAGGGAAACAAUAUAAAGGAUCACAAAUGAUGAAGAGGGCGAGGUCUCGAGAUGGCUCGGGACGGUCGUCACAGAUUCGAAUGCCCAAACGAGCGGGAGACAACUCGAGGCAAGACGCUGCAGGUCAGCAACGUGUUCUGCUCAACAUGUUUUCUAUCUAUCCUGCAACCGGUAUCGUUCAGCCUGGCAACGUACAAACUGUUAAUAUCGAUUGCAUUGCUGAAAGUCCGUGUAAGUCGGAAGAAUUGAUGGCUAUCGACAUUUCAGAUCGUAAUCCUAAAGAUCAGCCCGAUGGUAUCAGCUACAAGCUGAUGGCCGAGUCUUGCAUUCCCGCCAUUAAUAUCACCGACUUUGCGUCUAUAUUUGAAGAGCAUCGUGUUGUCGGCCAUCUCGGUGUGUUUGGCCGUCAGAGUUUAUCCAGUUUCCGUAAUAGUGGUGUGUUCAGUGAAGAUGAGAGAAAAUUCUAUUUUAGUACAGUUACGGUAGGACACAAGACGAAGGCUCGCUUUAAGAUCUCUAAUCCUUGCAAGAUACCGUGUGACGUCGCCCUGUCAGUGAAAGGUCUGCAACAUAAAUCGAGAUUGGCAGAGAUCUUUGAUAUCGAACCGACGAAAGGUAAUAUUUCACCUCACAGUCACGUCUUCGCUACUGUCACAUUUAGCCCACCUGCCAUGCAAUCAUAUUCGGCACAAUUUGAAGCAUUGCUCGAAGGACCGUUAUCGGGAGCGGCCGCUCGAACUCGAAGUUUAUCAUUUGAAAUAUCUGGUGAGGGAAACUUGCCUCACAUUACCGUAUUACAACCGGCAAUAAGAAACAAGAAGAACGUCCCGCUACUCAUUUUCAAACGCCUUUUAUUGGGACACACUCACGCUUUACCUCUUGUGCUCAAGAACGACGGUAAUAUUCCCGCUACUGUCAUCAUCGAGACAUCACAUACGGACGAAGUAUUUCGUGUACGACGCGACGUGAAGGACGACGACGAAGACGACAGUGACGAAAUGUCGUCUCAAAACAAUACAAUAACGACUCGUGUCGAUGUCAACGAGACGGUCUCGUUCAGUGUGCACUUUCGACCGCGAGCAGUGAAAGACUACCGCACGGAAUUAAGGCUCUUAGUCGUCGAUAAUCAGUUUGAAAACAUGUCCGUCUAUUUAGUAGGCGAAGGUUAUCAAGACGAGAUAACUAUAGACGAAAUAUCGUGUCAACCAUCUAUAGCAGAAGAAAAGGCAGCGGGCGUUAUAUCAGACGACGUCAUCGCUGCUUAUAGCAAUGACUUGCGUUUUGGAGAAUGUUUCAUCGGAGACACGCGUCAGCUUUCGUUCUGCAUUACCAACAGAUCUUCAGACGCCGUGCGUUUUCAAUGGCCUUCUCAUGACGACAUCACGUUUGUGCCUUCCUGUGGACACAUUCAUCCACGCCGCAAGAAAAUCAUCUUGGCGACGUUCAAAGCGACAGAGCCCAAGUUACUCGACUCGACGCCCGUCAACUGCACCGUGUGCAAGAUCGUCUACAACGAGCCUCUGUCGAAGAUUGCAGACUGGGAUGAUAGGAUGUUGAGCGUCAAGUGGUUACCCCUUAGAACGUUAAUGUCACCUCCGGGAGCCGUGCAAGAGCCUUCUUCAGAGCCACAGGUAUCACCAUCCGAGCUGACUACGUCUCCUCACGCCAGACCUUCGACUACGGCUCUUCCGACACGAAGAAAGGUGAUCGAAACCGAACAGGAACCGCAACAUACAACAGUCGACGACACAACAAGAGAACUGGAGAUGAAAGCGAGCGGCAUCGCCGACUAUUCUCAAUUCACUUGCGACACGACAACAGUUCGUUUCCGAGACACAUACAUGUUUCAAACCCGAGCCUACAGCUUCACUCUAACAAACAGUGGCAGCGUCCGCCUGCUCUAUAACUGGACCGUCCUCACACAAGACGACGAGCUCGAGCUGACCAGUCGUCCCGGCACGGCACUCGGAUUUCGCUCGAUUGAAGUGAACGAUGCCGGUAGUUUCGUGAGUGAAGGCGGCGACAUCAUGCCGUUCAGUGUAGAGCCAACACGCGGUACGAUAGCCGUCGGAGAGUCACUCACGGUCACGGUUCGAUACAGUCCAUUAGAAGCUGGAGAUGCCGAGUAUCACAUGAAAUGUAAUAUCAGCAAUUUGCGUCCGAACGCAGAGCCUCCGGUUAUCAGACUUCUCGGUCGUAGUCUAUUGCCUUAUUGUCAUUUCGAGUUGGAGAAUUCGGAUUACUUGACAGGAGGGAGGAGAAAUCCUGAUUUACGGGUACCGGGAGGACGGGGAUCAUCCGUCGAUCCAACCACGAGAGUUAUAGAGUUUGUCUCGUGUGGAGUCGGGGUCAAGAUAACCAAACGUUUCCACAUCGUGAAUCCUACGAAUGGAGGAUAUGAAUUUGUGUGGGAGUGCAUGUCUUCUGACGGUCAGAUGACCGAUCAACUACGUUGUCUGACUCCCCGUGGUCACGUUGCAGCCGGAAAAAAAGCUGAGAUUGUAUUUGAAUUUGUUUCGAAAUCGCUCGAAACGUGGGAGUCUCUGUGGCGAUUUUCUAUUGCACGUCUCAACACGUCCGUUUCUUUCCUGUUGGUCGGACACACAACCGAACCGGCCGUAAGCCUCGAUCGUUCCAGCGUAAACUUUCGUUCCAUGUUAGUACGCCACACGUCUCGCGACGUCGUCCAUCUCAUCAACAACGAAUCGUCGCCUUUUCACUUUUCGAUGGAUCCGACAAGUUGCCGUGCAGACGAGCACUCGGCUCGGCUAUCGGUCGAUCCAAUGUCGGGCACGAUCGCGCCACACUCACAACUUGCCGUCAACAUUACCUUUACUCCUCUCCUAGAGCAAGAAUACAACUUUAAUGUCCAGUGUCGUGUCCGACGUAAAGCGACUCCUCUCACCGUCAACGUGAAGGCAGAAGGGUACGCUAUUCACGCCUCGAUCGUACACGACGACGUCGGACGAUCACAGAAGCAAAUGACGACGGGAACGGCGGAGAACGUCAUUGACUUCGACGCGGUCCAGAUCAACGAGCGCUGCGUACGUCAGGUCUCGAUCAUCAAUUCCGGUCGCUUUGCCUUUGAUUAUCGAUGGCAAUUGAACGAGAAAUGCCAACGAAGUGGCGGCGCGGAGGAAUCGAGUCUCGUCGCCGUCAAACCGUCGUCGGGUACUGUGGCGUGUAGUAGUCGAGUUCGAUGCGAGAUUUCCGUGUGUCCUCCGAAGAAGAUGGAUCUGUCUGUGUGCCAGCUCGUGUGCAAGAUACUCAACGGUCCGUCGUUUCCUGUACGACUUCGCGGCGAGGGUAAAAUACCGUCACUCGAGCUCUCGUUCACGACUCAUCGGUUCGGCCCUUGCUUUCUCGGUACGCAGCAACAACACAAGGCAACUCUAGAGAUGACCAACAACGAAAAGAGAGACAUCAGUCUCCAUUGUCUCUACUCGAGUUCCUCACAUCUCGAAGUUCAGUUCCAACCUUGCGUGCUGGCGAGCGGAGGAAAAGCCACCGCGGCGUUGGUGUUUCAUCCUCAGCAUGUGUGCAAGUACCGGGACGUCGUACAGUUCGAGGUGAACGGAUUGUCGCGCGUCGAUGUCGAAGUAUUGGGUGAAGGAAUCGCAAUGAAUGUGGAGGUCGUCAAGCCGGCGCACAGGCAACUUCACUUCGGAGCGUUGCGAGUCGGACAGAGCAAGAGCCAGACCGUCGAGUUGGUGAACAAGAGCGUGCGAGACGUCACGUUUUCUCUCUCGGUCGUCGCCACUUCCGACGGUGCAUCCGACGCCAUUACGGUCACACCACAGUCGGAGAUGACGCUCAAAGCGCUGACCGGCUCGAGCAGAGUAACCGUGGUGUUCAAUCCGAGAAAGCGAAUGAAAUCGUUCGCACAAGAGAUGGCGCUCGAAGCGGCCGGUCUGUCACAGCGUCUCUUCAUUGUGACCGGUAGUUGUCACGACGUCGAGUUUUCUCUCGAUUCCGAUCACAUUCCGUUCGGUGCGGUCGUCGUCGGAAGCAGGAGCGUGCGGAAACUAAUCAUGAACAAUGUGGGCGACAUCGGAGCAAAUUUUUCUUGGCAUGCUGACACGUUGGGAGCCGAUUUCUCGAUUAGUCCGCUCGAGGGGUACCUGGCGCCGGCAAUGGAGGCGUCGUUUGACAUAACAUUUCAUCCUAAGGAUGUCAAUCAAGACGUGAGGAAAGAUCAGGUACCGUGCAGGCUGUGGAUAGUGGAGAAGAAGAAGGAAGGCAAGAGUGAGAAAGAGGUCAUCACUCAAUGCAAUCCUCUACACAUCACAUUGACCGGAAUGGCCAUCGGUCAACAACAGAUUAAAGAACAUGUGAUUCAGUUCAGUACGCAUGUUCGCAUGAAGGACACUCGCUCGAUUGCGCUCACUAAUCGAUCCCACCAGUCGUGGAAUAACAUCCAGCCAGUCAUCGACGGUGAAUACUGGAGCGGCGCCGACUCGGCGACCGUCGAUCCGGGCGCUACACAUCAAUACGAGCUCACAUACCGUCCACUAGUGAUGACGACCGAACAUAGAAAGCACCAGGGAUCCAUCUUCUUUCCUCUACCGGAAGGAUCCGGUCUGUAUUACGUUCUGCUCGGUCACGCCGAUCCUCCGAAACCGUCGGGCAACAUAUCACGCGAAGUGCCGUGCAAAACGGCGUACACACACUUGCUGACCGUCACCAACUGGUUGAAGCAACCGCAACGCUUUCACGCCACGAUCGAGAUACUCAAACCGGACAGGCCCGAUCCUACGACGACUCUAAAAGGACUCGACUACAUCGACGUGCCCGCGAAGGCAAAGAAGGAAUACAAACUUCAUUUCUACUCGCACAAGGAAGGAUCCAUCAAUGCGAGAGUGACGUUCAAGAACGAACAGACGGGAGAGUUUGCUUACUACUUCGUUGCCUUUAAAUCGACGCCACCCGAAGUCGUGUGCGCUAUACCGCUCACCACACCGGCCAGGCAAAUGAUCUCUCGUCAAGUGACGCUCAAGAAUCCACUCGCCACGGCCGUCACGUUUACAACAAGCUGCAACGUGCCGGACAUCAGUCUACCGCCCAACUUCACCAUUCCGCCUAACUCCGAAGGAGCGUUCACGUUCGAGUACAUGCCAAUCAAAGUCGGUGAGAUAACGGGUCGUCUGUCUCUAACCAGCAGCGAGUUGGGUCUCUACCAAUACGAUCUCGUUCUAUCAGCGACUCAACCGGCUCCAGAGCGACCGGUACAUUUUACUACGAGUCUCGGACUGAGCCAGACACAAGCGUGUCGAAUCGUCGUGUUCGCCAGACAAAAGUCCGACUUCGCAUGCAAAGUGGACAACGCGGAUUUCCACGUAGAGAGAACCAUCAACUCGACGGCUGCCUCGGCGGGUGGCAGUGAUUUGGGAAUCGAGGUCACGUACGAGCCUGCAAGACUUGGAGACAGCAAAGCCACCCUCACCGUCUCGUCGCCGUCUGCUGGAGACUACUUCAUCCCAUUAUUCGGUCACUGUGUGGUGCCUAAGCCACAGGGACCUUUCACAAUCAAAGCAGGCUCCAGCUACCAAAUUCCGUUCAAGAAUGUCUUCUCGAAAACGGCCACGUUCGCCUACACGUUGGACAGUCCGGUCUUUUCCGUCAAGUUUAACGAGACGAUUAAAUGCAAGAAGACUCACAAUUUGAUCGUUAGCUAUGAGCCACACGAGGAGACAAGCAAGAGCGCACCGACUAUGGCCAAGUUGGUGGUGACAUGCUCGCGGAGUGCAGUGAGUGGAGUGCCCAACAUUCAAUGGACGUACUAUCUCAAAGGAAUUAUUCCGUAUUGA